CUAUAACUGCGCGUCUCUAGGAGAGUGAGCGAGGAAAAAAGGGGGCGGAACUACAAAGACAUCCCUAACAACAGCAUCUCAACAGUUAAAUGUUAAUUUAUCAGUCAGCCUGGUAUGUACGCGCACACACGCACAUGGUAAGCCCAGGCUUCAUAAGCAGGCUGCCGCCGCCGCCGGCACCUCACUGUCUCCACUGAUCCUCCUGCUGCUGCAGCGCACAGCGCCUCGCACAACAUGGCACUGGCCGACACGGAGCGCGCAGCGUCCGGCUGCGGGGACCCGGGCACCCCGUUCUCAGAGAUCAUCGAGCUGAACGUCGGCGGCCAGGUGUACGUGACCAGGCACAAAACCCUGGUGGCCGUGCCGGACUCGCUCCUGUGGAACAUGUUCACCAAGAAGUCCCCCAAGGAGCUGGCGAGAGACAGCAAAGGACGCUUCUUCUUGGACAGGGACGGCUUCUUGUUCCGGUACAUCCUCGACUACCUGAGAGACCUGAACCUGGUCCUGCCGGACUACUUCCCCGAGAAGAGCCGCCUGCAGAGGGAGGCGGACUUCUUCUCGCUGCGGGACCUGGCGAAGCGCCUCAGCCCGCGGGUGAGCAAGGACAACUCGAUCUGCGAGGAGAUCAGCCAGAGCGACACGGAGGACGGCGCGCAGUGCUGCUCCUCCGUGGAGCCGCUGCGCGCCCUGUCCGCCGGCGGCGCCAUGCGCUCGCCGUCUCUGGACUCCAGAAAGUCCGGGUACAUCACCAUAGGAUACCGCGGCUCCUACACCAUCGGCAGAGACAUCCAGACCGACGCCAAAUUCAGGAGGGUGGCGCGCAUCACCGUGUGCGGCAAAACCUCCCUGGCCAAAGAGGUGUUCGGCGACACGCUGAACGAGAGCAGGGACCCGGACAGGCCUCCGGAGAGAUACACCUCCCGCUACUACCUGAAGUAUAAUUUUCUGGAGCAGGCGUUUGACAAGCUGACAGAGGCGGGCUUUCACAUGGUGGCCUGCAGCUCCACGGGCACCUGCGCCUACACCAGCAACGAUCCAAACGAGGACAAGAUCUGGACAAGCUACACUGAAUAUGUCUUCUGUCGGGAAUAACAAACUCAUUCGUGCCAUUUCAAUGUAUAUAUAUAUA